AUGGCAAGCUCAGAUGGGUUUCUGAUGCGUGCUGCCCGGCUGCCGCGCUUGGCGAGUGAUGCGGGACGUGCUUCCGCGCUUGGCUCCGAGCUGCUGAAAGAGGCAGUGGAGCUGCUGCCGCAACACGUGGAGCGAUCCACGGAGAUCGCCAUGGCCGUUGGCCGCGUGGGCAGUUUGGCCGAGCCCACGUUGGUGAAGCGAUUUGCCGAGGCUUAUCAGCAGCUAUUGAGCAAAAGACUCCCUGAAAGUCAAAGCUUUUCCAAGGCACAAGCCAGGGAGGCACUGGCUGCAUAUGUGGCCAUUGAAGGCCUUGGCUGUGGAGCAGCAUCUUAG